GGCAGCGCUUCAGAGCCAGCCUGGCACUGCGGAAACGCUUUUGUUGGUUGUUUUUGUUGGUAUUUUUUUCCCCCUCCAUGGAAACGUGUUCUGUUUUGUGCGGACGGUUUGUCGCUUGUUCUCGACAGAGCCUGACCCGGUGAGGAGCGAGGGGGGGAGCGAGGAAUGGAGCGAUGAGCGCAGUCGUUGCGAAAGGCGCGGGGCUGCGGUGCCUCCUUCGCGGCAGCACCCAGUGCUCUCCCUCGCAGGGGAACAGCCCUGAGCCUCGGCACAUACCACAGCACAGGCUGUACAAACCCACGGAGCGGCUGGUUCUGAGCCGCAGGAACUGCGGGCAGGGCGCGCCCUGCCCGCAGUUCCUGCGGCUCAGAACCAGCCGCUCCGUGGGUUUGUACAGCCUGUGCUGUGGUAUGUGCCGAGGCUCAGGGCUGUUCCCCUGCGAGGGAGAGCACUGGGUGCUGCCGCGAAGGAGGCACCGCAGCCCCGCGCCUUUCGCAACGACUGCGCUCAUCGCUCCAUUCCUCGCUCCCCCCCUCGCUCCUCACCGGGUCAGGCUCUGUCGAGAACAAGCGACAAACCGUCCGCACAAAACAGAACACGUUUCCAUGGAGGGGGAAAAAAAUACCAACAAAAACAACCAACAAAAGCGUUUCCGCAGUGCCAGGCUGGCUCUGAAGCGCUGCCUCAGCGCUGUGAGCCCCGUCGGGGGCUCCCGGGCCGGGGCCGCCCGAGCCGCUGGAGCCAGCGCUGAGCCUGGGUCACAGCGGCUCUCAGUGACCAUCUGCCAGCAAAAUCGGAAGGAACGGUGACGUUAUUCUUAGCAGAACACCAUUAAAAUGCUCCUCUGGUAUUUCUCAAUAGAGGUGAAAAGCAUUUCAGCUUCCUGGAAAUGGCCGAAGCUGGCGACGUGUAGAUCAAAGUACGGCGCAGAGCUGGGCUCGGCUUUGCAGGGGGGUUUGAACUGUAGUGAAAACGUUUCUGCAGCUUGCAUCGUAGUGAGUUAAGUCAGCACGUGAAGCGAUUAAAAAGAAAGCAAGUUUUAAACGGCAUCGGGCUAUUAACUUUCCUGGGAUUUAAAAUUUAUGUUUAAAUAUAUAUUUGGCUGUUAGCAAUACCUGCAUUUACGAGUAACAUUGGUCUGUUUAACCCUGAAGCAAACCAGCUCUGCCUAACGCAAGGCUUUGAAGCGACACAGCCAGACCAUAAUACUGUGGGAGCUUAGACAGCUUUGUCUGUACUUGCAUCUCUCUGCAUAUUUUUCCAGGACUCUGAUCUUUGUCUGCGAUUAAUCAUUGUCCAGGACGGCUGUUCCCGAUGGUAGGAUCCAUGAAGUGCUCCAGCUGGGAGAGGUCCUAACGCCUGUGCCUGGCUCUGCGUACGUGCAAACCAGGGCCAGAAAUUGCUGGGGCAGCGGGGGCUGGACAGCGAGCCCGCCGUGCCCCCCCAGUGAAUUGUAUGGGUCCUCAGCACUUCUGGAAAUGGGUUUUCAAUACGCGCCCUCCGUCUUCGAGAAGUACACGACGAGCGUGACGGUGGGGAAGAAGGAGGUGACUCUGAACCUGUACGACACCGCAGGGCAGGAGGACUACGAUCGGCUGCGACCUCUUUCUUACCAGAACACAAAUGUCGUGUUAAUUUGUUACGAUGUCAUGAACCCCACUAGCUAUGACAAUGUAGCAGCCAAGUGGUACCCUGAAGUGAACCACUUCUGCCGAGGGGUCCCGCUCGUGCUCAUCGGCUGCAAGACGGACCUUCGGAAGGACAAGGAGCAGCUGCGCAAGCUCAGGGCUUCCAAGCAGGAACCCAUCACUUACAGCCAGGGAGAGGCAGCUUGUCAGGAGAUUCACGCAGAGGUUUAUCUGGAAUGCUCAGCAAAAUGCCGGGAAAACAUAGAAAAUGUUUUUAAAGAAGCAACAACCAUUGCACUGAAUGCCAUGAAAAAAGCCAAGCGCCACAGGAAAAGGAAAGUGUGCUCAGUGUUAUGAUCUGGACUGCACAAGAGCCAAGUGAUUCAGAUUUUAUAAAUAGUUUAACCUUAAAGACCUUUUUUUUUUCAUUA